AGUGGGUAAGAUAUAAAACGAUAUAACUCUGAAACAUGAACUCGCUCUGUGGUCCAAACUCCAGCACAGUGGAUGGCGCUAACCAACCGUUAACAUUGCCUGCCAACCGCAAACAAAACACUAAUGAAGAACAAAGUGAGAAAAAGGAAUCCACACUCCAGCACAGUGGAUGGCGCUAAUCCACCGUUAACGCAAUGUGCCAACCGCCAGAAAAUACCAUUGAAGAAGAAAAUAAGCAAUUAGAAGAGGAAAAAGAAUUAUGAGCACUCUCUUUACCUCGUGGAUAAAGAUAUUCUCGCUGAAAAUCCAACUUUCAGAAGAGUAAAACAUGGAUAAACUACGGUCGUUUCGAGUGUUUUUAAAUGAGCGCUUAAUGGAGGUUGCUAUGGAGAUUUUUGGGUCAUUUGAAAAAAUGUCAGUGGAGUACCAAGAAGAGAACAAUCGUCUAAAAAGUAUCUUGGGGAUCUCGCCAGAGAUACAACUUGGUAGAAUCGACUCCCUGCAGGUCUCUCUGUCAGUCCCUAAAGAGCAGGUUCCCCCUGAGCAGCAGUUCUGUGAGCGGAUGUGGGUCCCCAACCUGGGUCAGGAGGUCCGAGAGCCCACACAGAUUAAAGAGGAACAGGAGGAACUCAGAAUCAGUCCGGAGGAAGAACAGAAUCAAGGGCUCUUUGUUACCAAAGACUCCAUAUUGACUCCUCUCUGUGUGAAACGUGAAUGUGAACAGGAGGGAGAUGACAAAACCAUGCUGUGUGAACCUCAAAAUGUCAAUCGACUGAAAAUGUCAAAAGAACUGUCAUUUCGUGUGUUUUUAAAUAAGUUUUUAACAGAGUCUGUUGCUGUGAAGAUUUUCGGAACUGUUGAGAAAACAGUAUCAGAGUACCAGGAGGAGAAUGAUCAGCUACACAGAAUGAUACGGACCUUCCCAGAGAUGAAACUUGUUAGAAUAGACUCCCUGCAGUUCUCCCUCACUUUCCCUGAAGAGGAGGCUCCCCCUGAGCAGCAGCAGCAGAGCUCUGGUCUGGUGGAGGAGAACCCAGAACCCACACACAUUAAAAUGGAACAGGAGGAAGUCAGAACCAAUCAGCAGGUAGAACAGGAUCCUUGGCUCUUUGAUACCAAAGACUCAUUGACUCCUCCCCCUAUUAAAACUGAAUUUGUUAAUGAGGAUCCAUUUAAGUCCAUGACUCUCCCCCAAACCCAGACUGUGGAGAGAAAAGAGAGUGACUCUAGAUCAGUGGAUCCCCAACCUUUCACCAGUGUGACCCACCUGAGGGGUCUUGAAGUUCCCUGUGAGCCUCCAGAUAAUCACAGCAACGUCCCUGGCCACAACUCUGAUGCGAGCAGCGUCCACGAUGACCUUGACCGCUGUCCACCACGGGAUCCCAGUCCGCCAACGAGGAAACGACGUUCCACAGUCAGGGUCGAGCCCACAGAACCCCACCGCUGCCGUGACUGUGGCAAAACCUUUAUUCUGAAAGAUGAUCUGCGGGCCCAUGUGACUGUAACCAGCAUUGGAUCCAGUGAAUGUGGCUUUUGCAAAGAACGGUUCGACUCCAGCUGUAAACUCAAGGCCCACGUCCAGCGCUGUCCGGUGAGCCACCCUUGCUCUGUUUGUGACAAGACGUUUAAAGUGAAAGAUCUGUCCGAGCACAUGAAGAUUCACACUGAUCAUCAACUGUUCACCUGCCCCUUCUGCUGCAAGACCUUCAAGCGCAAAGGAUAUCUAACUGUCCACAUAAGGCUUCACACAGGAGAGAAACCAUUUAGCUGUGGAGUCUGUGGGAAAACAUUCAAUCAGAAAUGGCAGUUCAGUGCACACAAACAGACGCACACAGGAGAGAAACAGUUUAGCUGCGAUGACUGUGGGAAAAGCUUCAGUAUGAAGGGGAACUUAACCGUGCACAAACUGACUCACACUAAAGAGAAACGCUUCACCUGUGAUGAUUGUGGGAAAAGCUUUGGUAUCAAAGAUAAUUUAAACAAGCAUAAACUGAUUCACACAGGAGAGAAAUCAUUUGUCUGUGGCGACUGUGGGAAAAGCUUCAGACUCAAGGGAAACCUGACUGUGCACAAACUUACUCACACAGGUGAGAAACCAUUUAGCUGUGGUCACUGUGGGAAAAGCUUCAGUGUCAAGGAUAACUUGAACAGGCAUGAACUGAUUCACACUGGUGAGAAACCAUUUAGCUGUAUUUACUGUGGGAAAAACUUCCGUCUAAAGGCAAAUCUAACCACCCACCAGCUGAUUCACACGGGGGAGACAUCUUAUGUAUGCUCUGUCUGUGCUAAAGUGUUCAAUAAGAAGACAAAUCUGCUGAGUCAUAUGGAAAGCAAGCACAAACAAAGUAAACAAGCCAAAAGUAGAAAGUAACAUUGGGACAGACUAUUGAAAUACAUUCAAGAUUACCUCUGUAAGAGGACUAAAUUAUUGAGACUACACCAAAGUCACCAGUCGCCUUGUUAAUAAAAGGGCUAAUGUGUAUUUUUGGGAGUUUUAAAUGUGUCAUUCUCGGACUGUUACAGUAAACCAUUGAGGGAGGAGUUGGUGAGUUAUUAACACUCAAAUUCCCAGAACAUGAAUGUGAAUGAGAUGUCAAACUGUUGAUCACAUUUUUCAAGUGUUUUCUGUUCCAUAUUUCUUUACUGUAUGGUAUUACGGAGAAGUCCACCUUUAAAAGAGAAAAACUCUCAAGAAUACUCUGAAACAAUGGUGGCAGUUGAUUAUUUUAGUUUAUUCUUCACAAAGGACAGGAAAAAGACAGUGUUGCGGUUUCCCCUUAUAUAACCCCCCUCCACCAAAUGUUUGGUAAACAAAUUCUCCACACAAACAGGAAAAUGGAUAGAAUCACAACAACCUCAUUGUCCUAAAUCUGUCCUCUUCUGCCUACAACCUCUAGUUUCUCAGGACACUCAAAUAUGUUUUCCUAUGGAGAAGGUGGUCUGUGUCUUGAUUGGGAAAUUCAGUAUCGUUGAUGGGCCACUUCCUCUUCAGCUUGAUAAGUCUCUUCAGGAUGAAAUGGAAAACCGUGAAGCAGUAAACAUGUUACAUGCGUUUGCUGCUUUGGUGAAUGUCAGGAAGUGUGUUGUUCAACCACAACAGAUUAGGAGAUGAGUUGUGUCCAGAGCUCAGCUGAAGCGAAACCUGAACGGACUUCUUUACGCAUGAGCAAAGGACUACACCGAUCUGUAGUUGGUUAAGUUACAUUGUUGGUUAUUGUUUGUUCAUUAGGAAGAUUCAUCUUUGUUUGUAUUAUUGACUUUAUUGCAUGAACCAUUUUCUUCCUCAUCUACAAACAUCUACCUCACUGCCUGAAAUGUCUGUAAUCUCAGAUUCUAUCUUCUGAGAAUGAAAUAUCAGUUAUCCUCAAUAAAAUGCUUUGGACAAAAGAAAUCUGAAAUUCAA